AUGGGGGGCAAGACGAACAAGGCCGGCUACUUCGACAAGCUCAAGGGCUUGCUCGAGGAAUAUGCCUCCAUCUUCAUCGUUGAGAUUGACAAUGUCAGCUCUCAGCAGAUGCACGAGAUCCGUCUGGCUCUCCGGAACAAGGGUGUUGUCCUGAUGGGCAAGAACACUAUGGUCCGCCGAGCCCUGAAGACCUUCGUCACCGACUCCCCCGAGUACGAGCGUCUCCUCCCCCAUGUCAAGGGCAACGUUGGUUUCGUCUUCACCAACGGUGACCUCAAGGAGGUCCGAGACAUCAUCCUCUCCAACAAGGUCGCCGCCCCUGCCCGUGCUGGUGCCAUCGCCCCCAUUGAUGUCUGGGUCCCCGCUGGCAACACUGGUAUGGAACCCGGCAAGACCUCCUUCUUCCAGGCCCUCGGUGUCCCCACCAAGAUUGCCCGUGGUACCAUUGAAAUCACCACCGAUCUCAAGCUCGUCGAGGCUCAGUCCAAGGUCGGCCCCUCCGAGGCCACCCUCCUCAACAUGCUCAACAUCUCCCCCUUCACCUACGGUAUGGGUAUCUCUCAGGUCUACGACCAGGGCCAGACCUUCCCUCCCAGUGUUCUCGACAUUGGUGAGGAGCAGCUCCUCAAGACUCUGGCUUCUGCCAUCACCACCAUUGCCACCAUCUCGCUGGCUCUGAACUUCCCCACCCUGCCCUCGGUCAUGCACUCCCUCGUCAACAGCUACAAGAAGGUUCUCGCUGUUGCCGUCACCACCGAGUACAGCUGGCCCGAGAUUGAGCAGCUCAAGGACCGCAUCGCCAACCCUGACGCCUACGCCUCUGCCGCCCCCGUUGCCGCUGCCGACUCUGGUGCUGCCGCUGCCGAGGAGAAGAAGGAGGAGUCCGAGGAGGAGGAGGAGGAGGAUGAGGGCUUCGGUGGUCUCUUUGACUAA